CACAGUUGAGCGCAGACAGAGCAAAGAUGGCGUCGCUGAGUGACAAAUCAGUUUGGGAUGAAGUGGAAGACGGCAUCGGUGAAGAAGUUUUAAAAAUGUCCACAGAGGAGAUAGUUCAGCGGACUCGUCUCCUGGACAGUGAGAUUAAGAUAAUGAAGAGCGAAGUGCUGCGAGUGACCCACGAGCUUCAGGCCAUGAAGGAUAAAAUAAAAGAAAACACGGAGAAGAUAAAGGUGAACAAAACGCUGCCCUAUCUGGUCUCCAACGUGAUCGAGCUGCUGGACGUGGACCCCAACGACCAGGAGGAGGAUGGGGCCAACGUGGAUCUGGACUCCCAGAGAAAAGGAAAGUGCGCUGUCAUUAAAACCUCUACUCGACAAACCUACUUCCUGCCGGUGAUCGGACUGGUGGAUGCCGAGAAACUGAAGCCUGGUGACCUGGUUGGAGUCAAUAAAGACUCCUACCUGAUCUUGGAGACCCUGCCCACCGAGUACGACUCUAGGGUGAAGGCCAUGGAGGUGGAUGAACGUCCCACUGAGCAGUACAGUGACAUAGGUGGGCUCGAUAAACAGAUUCAAGAGCUGGUGGAGGCCAUAGUCUUGCCAAUGAACCACAAGGAGAAGUUUGAGAACCUGGGCAUCCAGCCACCAAAGGGAGUCCUGAUGUACGGCCCCCCAGGCACUGGGAAGACCCUCUUGGCCAGGGCCUGCGCCGCUCAGACCAAGGCCACCUUUCUGAAGCUUGCAGGUCCACAGCUGGUCCAGAUGUUCAUUGGAGAUGGAGCCAAGCUGGUGAGAGAUGCCUUCGCUUUGGCCAAGGAGAAAGCCCCUUCCAUCAUCUUCAUCGAUGAGCUGGACGCCAUCGGAACAAAGAGGUUUGACAGCGAGAAGGCUGGAGACAGGGAGGUGCAGAGGACCAUGCUGGAGCUGCUCAACCAGCUAGAUGGAUUCCAACCCAACAUGCAAGUCAAGGUGAUUGCUGCUACCAACAGAGUUGAUAUUUUGGAUCCUGCUCUCCUUCGUUCGGGUCGUCUGGACAGGAAGAUCGAGUUCCCGAUGCCAAACGAAGAGGCUAGAGCUCGCAUCAUGCAGAUUCACUCCCGCAAGAUGAACGUCAGUCCAGAUGUAAACUACGAGGAGCUGGCACGCUGCACCGACGACUUCAACGGAGCUCAGUGCAAGGCUGUGUGCGUGGAGGCUGGCAUGAUCGCGCUGCGUCGCGGCGCCACAGAGCUCAACCAUGAGGAUUACAUGGAGGGCAUUCUGGAGGUGCAAGCCAAGAAGAAGGCCAAUCUUCAGUACUAUGCCUAAGGACACUAACAGUGUCUUUGUUUGUGUGAGAGAGAUCUUUUUCAUUUAUUGGUUGUUAAAAUAGUCACGAAACACUUGUCACUAAUACUGAUUAUCUUGGGUUAAUAAAAAAAGGGAAAAAAUAA